AUGGCUCGGGGUGCACAGAAACGUGUCUCGCAAGCGAACCAGCGUGCAGUAGCCACUCUAGCAUAUGGAUUCCUGGUGUCCAAUACACUUUUUGUGCUAGCUGCUUGUUUGAGGCGUCAGACGAGCCCGUGGCGGACGUGGACGCUGUACGGCAUAACAGAAUUCCUUGCUGCUCUUAUUGCAUGGAAGCUCGUAGCUAUGGCGCAGGUUGGAGAUGAUCUUUCAUUACCGGGAAUGACUGCGUAUAUGUUCGACUUUGUGUACAUUACAUGGUUUGUGCACGUCGGUGUUGCACUCGUAUCGCGGCGGCUCUGGUGGACCUAUGCGGUGAUCCCAAUGUACCUAUCGUAUUUGUUCUACAAAAAUGUAUUUGUGCCGUACAUUCUGCCGAGGCUCCGUCCCGCACGUCAUGUGCCACAAGGCGGGUACCGUGGGACGGCGCCAUCCGAAGACAAAGGAACAAGUGUCAGCAAGCGGCAAGCCAAGAUGCAGGCGCGCCAGGCUCGGGGUGGUGGUCUACGUGUGCAGACGCGUCGAGGCUAA